GGGCGGCAUAUAUUUUUUUUUUCUCAUUAAAGGUAUUUGACUCGUUGGAUGUGUGCCCAGUCGCCGAAUGAUUGACGGUUUUGAGCGUUGCCAACAAUGGGAAUCUAGUGAGACAUGUUUCGGUGGUCAUCGACUUCAACUUUGUUUAAAGGUAUGCGUGGAUAUACUGCAGAUGUCAAAGCUGGGUGUACAAAGAAAAUCAUUGGGAUUGCAUAUAGAAGCCAGUCUUUUCCACCAUUUCCUACAGAAGACUUCAUUGGCCUGCAUUUGAAGAGUACCCUCCGAAGCUCUGGUUUGAGGAUAUCAUGACAUUCGGCCCCCAUUGAAAAUGUGUGAAUGGCCAGAGUAGAAACUCAAGACCAUAUACGGAGUACACAGGAAGUAGUACUGACGCUCAACCAAAGGAGCAACUCCCUCCCCGACGCCUACAAGCAAAAAAUAAACGCUCUUUAUCCCCCAGCGUUCUAUUCAUACAUGCUCACCAAACACGCUCAAACCGUUAUCAGACACACAGGUCCCGUCGCCAAGAUGGCAACUCCCCGUACCAUCGCGACAAGCCCCCGGCAGACAUCUCUAAAAGCGGCAUCAGACCCGGUAAAACGCUUGGGAAGAAACCGGAAGGGGGUCUCUUCGCCUUCUUCCGUCCCGCGGGAACGAGAGCUGCUUCUCUGGCCCCCGGGGUUUUGGAGGUUUCCACAGCGUUGGAAAAGGCCACGCCGCCAUUGGCCAAUUGGAGCAGACCCGCGGAGAUACGUACCGCCUCGCGGCAGGGGGUUUCGGCUUCAGCAACCAGUCACCGUCCCGUCACUCCCCUCCGAGGGACCCGUACUCCAGUGUAUCCGUACAUAUAUCGUAGUAGCUAGCUAGCUAGCUAGCUAGC